AUGAAGUUUGCAGACUACGUGUCGUGUAUCGUGGGCGGCGGCGCAUCGGAGAUAACGAAGUUGGUGGAUUGGGAGGGGAACCUCCGGCAUCACGAGCUCCUCGCGACUGUGGCGGAGCUGAUGCUGGAGGCGCCGGGGCACAUGAUCGUCUGCGGCAAGGAGGCAAAGAGGACUCGCCGUGCCGUCGCCUUGAAGGCCGACGAACGGCUGCGCGCCGGCGGGGUCUACCUGCUGUGCCCUGUUGACAGGGCGGGUUCCAGGUUGCCGGAGCACCAAAUGGCGGCCGUCGAGAGCGCUCGCCGGGGGGGAAAGCGGAGGAGACCCGGUAAUGGGCGGGGGCUCGCCGCCGGCAGCAGGGUUUUCCCCGGCGUGGUGGCCGGCGGCGACUGGCCGAGCGAGGAGGGCAAAGAGGGGAGGAGUGGGGGAGACACGGCUGACUUACCCCGGUUCCCCCCCAUCGGAGCUGCUCGGCGGUGGAAGCCCGUUCUCGAGACCAUUCGCGAGUGCAAAAGAGUCAAACCAGAGGCGGCGACGAUGAGAUGUCCGCGUCCAUCGGAUCUCUCGUGGUCUUGGGAAUUUUUAAUCCACUGA